AUGUCAGCCACACUAUCCGCCUCGACGCUGGUCGCAACUCCAAGCCCAACUGAGACGACAGCGGCCGCAUGUAUCAGCAUCGCCCCGGACUCAAAUGGCCAUGUUCCCUAUGGUGCCUGCCACGGAUUCUGGCCCUAUGUCCCCAGCUUCGAAGGAAACCUCGCUCUCGCCAUUCUGUUUGGCCUGUCGGCCCUGGUUCACCUCGUCCAGGCAGUUAUGUACAAGCAACGUUACUGCUGGGUUAUCAUCAUGGCCGGCGUCUGGGAGACUUCUGCCUUCGUCCUCAGAACACUAGGAGCGAAGAAUGGCCGUGUGUUGCCAUUCUACAUCAUCUCAUCGCUCACCUUUAUGCUCGCCCCCUUAUGGAUCAACGCAUAUGCCUAUAUGGUCGGCGCUCGCAUCGUCCACUUUUCUCUUCCAGACCGACGAGUCUUCCGCAUCAAAGCCUCCUAUAUGACGAAGCUCUUUGUCGGUGCUGAUCUGGUUUGUUUUGGCGUUCAGGGAGCCGGUGGCUCGAUGCUAUCGGGACAGGGGAGCGCUUCAACGAUGCAGACGGGAAAGGUUCUCUACACUGCAGGUUGCAUAGUUCAGCUCAUCUUCAUCGCCGUCUUCACUGCAGUGGUUGUGCAACUGCACGUCAAGGUCCGAAAGAACCCGCCGUCGGCCUGGAAUGCCAAUUCGUUGCAGCUGAUCUGGGUUAUCUUUAUCGUCUUGAUCCUCAUCUUCGUUCGACUCAUUUUUCGGCUGGUUGAAUUCGGUCCCGGCGGAAUGAAUGAGACGAUAAUAACUGCUGAGGUGUACGCGAUUUGCCUCGACGCUGUGCCCAUGUCCGUCGCACUGGUUAUUCUGAAUGUUUCUCAUCCUGGUCGAAUGUUAACUCAAACAGCUUUCGACAGAGUCAUCAUGGAAGAAUCUGAGAUGGGCAACAUACCAAGACGUCAGGGACGCUACGAGGAGCUGGGACAGGCUGAUCGAAAUGGUUCAGUCUCGCCAUUGCCUAAAGGACGUUUCCCAUGA